AUGGCGGCGGUUGACAAAGCCAAGCAAUUCAAGUACGCCACUUUGCCGCCGGGAUAUAUUCGUACACUAGAGUUGCAACCCAGCGAGCAUGGAUCGACAGCGUUGCGAUGCCGACUCAUCGCCCAGAGAAUUCCAGACGAUCCCUACGAGGCUCUUUCCUAUGUUUGGGGAAAGCCGACAGUUUAUCACUCGAGCAUCUUUUGUAUUGAUGGCAACGAUGAAACUGAUCAGGGAACACUUCGAAUUGGGGCCAACCUGACAAAAGCAUUGGUCGCAUUCCGUCUUUCCGAUAGACCGCGCCGCGUUUGGGUCGACGCGAUAUGCAUUAAUCAAGAAGACUUGUCGGAGCGCCGCGCUCAGGUGCGCAUGAUGGGCGACAUCUUUCGCGCCGCUCGACAGGUGCUGUGUUGGCUCGGCGGAUUUGAGAACCUCCAUCUCGACGAGCCCGUCUCGUUGAUUGCCAUCAACUUUCUACGGCAGUUCAAUCGCGACCAAGAAGGCGAGCUGCGCAAGGUGCAGAACUACCUACACCACGAUGUCAAGACGCGCGAAGACGAGGUAAUCCACAUGUCGUGGCUUGCUAUCAAGAAGCUCUUUGAUAUCGAGUACUUUCAUCGGGCUUGGAUUAUCCAAGAGGUCGGCCUGGCGAGCCGAGCAAGACUGUCUUGGGGCAAGAAUGACAUUUGGGUCGAUUGGGAAGAGAUUGCGACGUUUGUGAAAUUCCUAGACGAUAAUGGAGCGUCGAUAGUAACCCACUUUGAUCUCAAGUCCUGGGUAUGUAACCAUAUUUGCAUGGUUUGGACCAUGAAACCCGACGGACAGCCUCUGUACGACUUCUCCGAAGUACUACAUUGGGCUCGCAUUCAUAUCUCCACCGAUCCACGAGACUAUGUCUAUGCGCUGCUCGGACAUCCCAGUGCCAUUGUCGGCGGGGACCUGAUCAUUGAGCCUCGCUACACAGUAUCGACGAAAGAAGUCUACACAACUCUUGCGAUCAACACAAUCACACGCACCGACAAUCUACACAUUCUGGCAUUUGUUGACCACGGAGAAGAAUUCGAGACCGAGACGGGAACACUUCCAACGUGGGUACCGGAUUGGCAUGCCCCAAAUCUAGUGGCGCCACUGAGAUAUCCCACGCAAGCGGCGCCAAAGACGGCUGAUUCCAUCGUCCUUGACGCUGAAGCAAACAGCAUCCGGUGCAUGGGUGUUAUAGUUGGCGAGAUCAUUGCCAUUUCCGACAUGAUCACCCCCAAGGAACUUCCCGUCACGACUUAUGAUACCGAAGUCGAGAAGAGCGUUUCUUUCCUAUUUGACCACCUCUAUGACGAACUCGUGGCCAAAACAGGUGUAACAUUACCCACAUGGCAAGACUUUGUAUUUUCCCUAAGUUGCGUAUUAACUGGCGCAAUGCGGCUCGAUAAGGGUGCGGCUACAGGAGAGCCAAUGUGGCAACAGCGGGCAGAUUGCGCUGCCUAUCUGCUCAAGUUUGAGGAGAUCAAGACAAGGCGCAACAAGGGCGGCUUCCUUCAGAGCCUGUCACCCGAGGAUCGAGAAGCGUUUCAAGCAUCCGCCUCAUCAGGUUCAGCAGCGAUAUUCAUCCAAGAAGCGACCUGGAAUUCCAUGUGCCGGAAUGUUUUUCGGACUUCAAAAGGAUCUUUCGGCAUUGGACCACGGAUCAUGAAGACGGGCGAUCUGUGUGCUAUAGUUCCGGGCUCGGUUUACCCGUUGAUCCUGCGCAAAUGGGGGGAUCAACAUCGACUUGUCGGCCCAGCAUUGUUGUACGGCUUCAUGAACGGCGAAGCUCUAGAAGGAGCUCGAAAUGGCAGUCUUGAGCAAGCAGAAAUCUGCAUAGUUUGA